GGGGGUGGGAGAGACAGGGUGCUGAAAACGAUGGCGACCGAUACAGAGGAGAUAAGAAACCAAACAAGCUCCUGUCCCAUCCCCGACAACAGUCUAAGUACUCUGUCCAUCAAAAUUACCCGGAAAAACCAGGAUAGACACUGGAAGUUGCGGUUUAUUUACCUGCAGUGCUAUUUCUUGACCAUUGCAACAAUAUUGGGAACUGGAAUCUUAGGUCUCCCAGUAACGAUUGCCCAUGCUGGACUGGUGCCUUUCCUCGUCUCUUUUCUCAUUGGCUUCUUUGUCCAGGCCUUGCUCAUCUACCUCUUUGUGGAACUUCUUCAGAAAUGUCAGGUGGUGCAGCUGGAAUCUCUAAAGACAGGUGUCGCAGAGUGUAUUGUGAUGGACCAGGUGGGCGUGGAGGUAUCAGCCCCCACAGAGGAAGAGGAUGAUGAGGAUGAGGGUGAAAAUGCUCAAGCAGAUACAGGUUUACUACAGCCAGACGCCGUAGCUUUGCACAAUCAAGCUGAGAGCCUGCAGCCCAACCUUCAUAUGCUUGGCCACCUCUUCCUAUCCCGGCCCAUGAGUCACGCCUUCAACUUUAUCCUCCUCUUCCAGUUUAUUUCUAUUGGAAUUAGUUAUGUCUUAGCUGGCAGUGAGGCCUACGCAGCUCUUCUUAAUGUCAGGCACGUCUAUGUGAUCCCGGCUUUCACCUGGACUCUAACUCUGGCUAUCUUACUAGCCCACACAGUCAUCCAGCCAAUCACUUCGCUGCUUACCCUGCUGAAAGGAAUCAUGCUCAUUGUCACGGUGGCGGUCACAUUUGCAGUGGGGUCAGAGGUCGGCCUUCAAAGCAGCAGUGAUUUCAGUCAGAUGGGGAAACCUUUCCUAAUGGGCACAGUGGCUCUGGGAGGGAUUGUAAACGUGAUGCCUCUGCUCUUCUCACAGAUCUCACACAACAAAACACAGAUCCUGUGGUUUCGGAGAGCAGUGCUUGGAGGUCUGACAACCUGUACUGUGCUCAACAUCCUCUGGUGCUGGGCAGUGCUGGAAAUUGUCCCCCAGACGUCAUUACCAGAGAGGUGGAUGGUAGCUGAGACAACAAAGCCCAACACCAGCAGCUUGUCUGGUCCUCAUUCCUCCAUCUCCCCUCUGCUGUACUCCAACAUCUCACUAGAAGAGUCUGAGAAAGCAGGAGAGAUUGCAACCAUUCCACUGACUAGGAUUAUUAAUGAACGUUACAGGGCGUACUCCUGGGUGGCUCAGCUGAUCCAGGUGUUUAUAGCCAUCAGUGUGACUGUGUCCUUCCUGGUGAUGGGGUCCGCCAUGAAACACACCAUCGAUGGUCUGGUGAGCUCUGUGUGGAGCAGCAGACUGGAGUGGCUGUCUAAAGCCUGGGAGCAAAACCUGCCGAACAAGCAGCACAUCUGCUCAGCGAGAAGCGUGGCUAAAGGAUUCAUGUCACUGCUUGGAUUUGGUGUCAUCUUUACCGUGUCAGUGUGUGAUCCCAGGGGUUUUGUUGUCAUGUUGGACAAAGUUGUGUCGUUCUCCCUCAACACUGAAGUCGGACUGUUUGUCUUCAUCAUGAUGAGAGAAUCCAGAGAAGAGAGAUUCCAAAACCUUGCGGUCCCUCUGCCAGUAGGCGACUCAGUCUUCAGCCUCAGUUGGCUGCUCCCCACCUACUUCCUGUUUGCAGUAACCUAUGACAUCCUGCAGACCCUGGCUGAUGUGGCUCAUUACCUGCUUUUCUACAGCCACAGCGAGGAACCACACAACCUCAAUCUAACUGGCAGUUUAGCAGCAGCCAAUCUCUCCACCCCGCUCUGAUCCUCACGCAGCCAGAGGAGAGACGGACCAGUAAGAGUUGAAAUUGCCAAAAAUCAGAAGCUUUGCAAGUGCUUUGAUAUUUUAUUCACACCUCCAUAGCUCGUCAUACAAUGCAAAAUAUGUAUUGUUUUUCAUUAUUCCCAUUUAACUGGAACAUUUCUUUUGUGCCAGAGGAUUUUCCCAUCAGACACCUGGGGCCAGAUGUAUAUCAACAAGGCCUACACGCACAAAACAUUCAUACGCCACACAAAAACUUAUUUAUUUUAGAAUUUAUACAUAUCUGUGAGAGAUAUUUUAAGGUGGAGGUCUACACAACGAACUGUAGAAUGGCGAUCAAAGUUAAAGGGAAACUACAGUUUAUUACAACUAGGGUUUGAUUGUCUUGGAACCAGAUGUACACACAGCUUUAUGAAUCUAAUGAAAUGUAGAGUUUUAGCCCUGAAUUAAAUGCAUCUGGUGCUGUUGAACUGUAAAUAUUCAAGUUUAAAUUAAAUAUUACAUCAUAGGCUGGAGUUGAGUCACUGUCACCGCGCCAUGCAGAGU